CCACCACUUCACACUCUCUCUCUAGAUUCUCCAAAAUCUUGUUUUCUCUCUCUAGAUUCUCUCCGCAGCAUCAAAUCGAUCCAAUGGGAGAAGAGAAAACAAGAGGAACCCCUCAAGAAUCAGCCAACGAUCAAGAAACCCUCGACUCUUCAUCAUCUUCAACGUCGGCGAUUCUUCUCUUCCUCCUCCUCCUCCUCCUCCUCAGAGUUCCCCGAGAAAACCCAGGCCUACACCCGCCGCCCACUUCCGCAGCCCGAGGCCCCGCCAGGCCCUUCCAAAGGCCCACUCGGUCGGCCCACAAGACUCCGCCAAAUCGACCUCUCCAUCUCCACCAUCGGAAACUUCCUCCGCCACCGCAGCAGCAGCCUCUCCUCCGCCAUCACCAAGCAAAUCUCCUCCCUCACCGCCGCCGCCUCCAGCGACGACUCCGGCUCCAUCACCGAGUUCAACCUCUCCGGCAUCAGAGUAAUCGUCAACCAACGGAACAAUUCGAGGAGCCAGAUCAAAUGCCAGAUCAGCUUCUUCUCCCGAUCCAGCUGCCGAGACUCCACCUCGAUCCGCACGUUCCUCCGGCAAAAUAACCUCCCUUUCGUCGAGAUCAACCUCGACGUGUUCCCCGAGAGGGAGAAUGAACUGAAGGAGAGGUCGGGGAGCCUGAUCGUUCCGCAGAUUUUCAUCAACGAGAAGUUGUUGGGAGGGGUUGUGGUCUUUAAUUCGCUGAGAAAUAGCGGGGAGUUCGAGAGGAGGUUGAAGGAGAUUGGGGGGGUGAAGUGCCCUGAGAGCGCGCCGAGGGCGCCGGUCUACGGGUUCGAUGAUGAGGAGGAGGUGAAGAGGAGGAGGGUUGAUGGGCUGAUCGGGAUCGUUAGGGUUUUGAGGCAGAGGUUGCCGAUUAGGGAUCGGAUUUUGAGGAUGAAGAUGGUGAGGAAUUGCUUUUCUGGGAGUGAGAUGGUUGAGGCCAUCAUACUGCAAAUGGACUGCGGGAGGAAAAAGGCUGUUGAGAUUGGAAGAGAGCUAGCAAGAAAGCAUUACAUACACCAUGUAUUCAGGGAAGAUAAUUUUGAGGAUGGGCAUAACCAAUUUUACCGAUUCUUGGAGCAUGACCCAAUCAUUCCCAAAUGCUUCAAUUUUAGAGGAGCAACCAACGAUGACGAGCCCAAAUCUGUGUCUGUCGUUGGCCAGAGGCUCGCAAAGCUAAUGUCAGCCCUACUUGAGGCUUAUGCAUCAGAUGAUAGGCGCCAUUUAGAUUAUCCUCGUAUUGCUGCGAGCGAAGAGUUUAGAAGAUAUGUAAAUCUAGUGCAAGAUCUGCAAAGGGUGGACAUAUUCACUCUCUCUGUGGAUGAGACAAUGGCCUUCUUCUUGAAUCUGUACAAUGCCAUGGUGAUUCAUGCAGUGAGCAGAGUCGAAAGAAAGCCUGGAGUCAUUGACCGCAGGGCAUUCUUCAACGAAUUCCAGUACAUUGUGGGAGGGUAUCCCUACUCCUUGUCUACCAUCAAGAAUGGUAUCCUGAGAUCAAACAGGAGGCAGCCUUACUCUUUUGUCAAGCCAUUCAGUGCUAAUGACAAGCGAUUAGAGGUGGCUCUACCAAAGUUAAACCCUCUGAUACACUUUGGCCUCUGCAAUGGAACGCGAUCAUGCCCGGCUGUGAGGUUUUUCACUGCACAGGGGGUCGAAACCGAGCUAAGAUAUUCUGCAAGAGAGUUCUUCAGCAAUGGAGGAAUUGAUGUUGAUCUGAGCAAGAGAACGGUGUAUCUCAGCAAGAUCAUGAAAUGGUAUGAUGUCGAUUUUGGGCAGGAGAAGGAGAAGAUGUUGAAGUGGAUACUCAACUAUUUGGAUGCAACGAAAGCUGGACUAUUGACUCACCUGCUUGAUGAUGGAGGUCCUGUUGUUAUAGCUUAUCAGAAGUUUGAUUGGUCAUUGAACUCUUAAUUUGUGUUGCAAAUAUGAGUUUGGAGAGGCAUAUUAUAUACAUAAAUAUAGAGAGAGGCGAGAAAGUAUCAAGUGGAUCUGAUUAGUAUAUUGGACCACCAGCUGUUUAGCGAAUCAGAUUCAUUGAUGGUAGUUUAUAUAUAGGAGGAAGAGAAUUUAAAAAAAAUAAUAUCAUUAGGGUCAUUUUUGAAAGAGAGAGAAACCAUAGUAGGUUAUACACAAAUACUAUGAUGUAUAUAAUAUAUUGUUGAGUACAUGAAAUUGAGGUUGGUU